AUGAAGCCCUCCAAAGUCCUCACAGACUCAACCCAAAACCAUACGACUCUCCAAUGCUCUCUCCCUCACAAACCUCUCGACUCCUCCCCAAACUCCAACUCCCACUUCCCCACUAACCUUUCCUACGAGCCUACUUCUGUUCUUGAUCCCCACCUCACCUCCAGCCCUGCCGCCGCCGCCGCCGGCGGCGGCCCCGACCUCGCUCACCUUCCCUGGGACUCCAACAACCACCAGCACCACCACCUCCUCCCUCCGUCUCCCCAGCCGGCAACCUUCGAGGAGUGGGACCCCGUCGCCAGCUGGUUCCUCUCCGAAAAAGACGACCUCUCUCCCUUCCCGAAAGCUCCCCACCACCCCCAAUUCCACUUCUCCGAGGACGACAACCCGUCGAAUGCUUCGUUGUUCGACGGCCCCUUCGACCUCCCCGACCCUUUCGAUCCUCUCCCUCGUUUCUCCGACACGGCCGUCGCCGUCGUCUCCCCGCCGCCGGCCUUCGACCGGACCCACCUUGAAUUGCUCUCCCGAGCCGCCCUCUCCAUCGAAUCGGGCGAUUUCCCGACGGCCGACACGAUAUUGGCGCGGCUCAAUCAGUACCUCCCCGCACUUUUGGCCCUCCUUCCCCUCGCGGACCGCCCCGCCGCCGAGCCCCCACUCUCCGCCGUCGAGAUCGUCCGCCGGAUCAGCGCCCACAAGGCCUUCUCUGAUCUCUCCCUUUUCCCCCAGUUCGCCAGCUUCACCGCCAACCAGAUCCUCCUCGACGCCCUCGAUGCCGCCGCUGGCGGCGGAGGACAUAGCUCCGUCCACCUUAUCGACUUCGAGAUCGGGCUCGGGGGGCAGUGGUCAUCCUUCGCCCAGGAGGUCGCCUCCCGGAGCCGCGCCGCCCGCGCACCCCCGCCGGGGCUCCGGAUCACCGCCGUCGUCCCGGAGGAGACCGGCGAGACCGCCCUCGCUGCCGAGAACCUCCGCGACUUCGCCCGCGGCCUCGGCCUCCGCCUCACCGUUGACUUCGUCCUCGUCGGCGGCCUCGGCACCCUCGCCCUCAGCGGCAUCCGCUUCGCCCCCGGCGAGCCCGUCGCCGUGGUGCUCACCCCGGCCAUCUUCCGCGUCCUCGGUGCCGCCCCCGAGUCCUCCGCCGCCCUCCUCCGCUUCGUCCGCCGUGCGUCCCCGCGGGUCGUCGUCUUCGUCGACACCGAGUGGAUCUGCUUCGACGACGGGGCGGGGUAUCCGCCGUCGCUGCAGCGGACCGUGGUGGCGGGGAUCGAGCACUACGCGGCGGUGUUGGAGUCGAUGGAGGCGGCGGCGGCGGUGUCGGGGGCGGCCGGACCGGUGGAGGACGUGGUUCGGCGGGUCGAGCGGACCGUGGUCCGUCCCAGGAUUUUCUCGGCGGUAGGAUCGUGGAGGUCGGGCUGGGGCGGGGCGUGGAGAGAGGCGUUCGCGGGGGCGGGGAUGGCGCCGGUUGUGUUCAGCGAGUUCGCCCAGUCGCAGGCCGAGUGGCUGGUCCGGAGGGCCCCAGUGGACGGCUACCGCGUGGCGAGAAGAGAGGCUUCUAUGGUGCUGAGCUGGCGGGGGAGGGGCCUGGCCUCCACGUCCGCCUGGAGGUGCUGA